UGCAGCAUGACAUGAAGCUUUAAGUGCAUGAAUGACUCAAAGUGUUGGCGAGUAACCUCAUUAUUACGGGACGCGGCGUUUCACUUUUGCAUUUUGAUUUUGCAUGUAAUCCUAAUUAUGUAACGUUUCGAAUAAACAUCGGCGCUAUGACACUCUUCGUCGAGCUGUUAAAACUAUCAAAAAUUCUGGAUAUAAUCCUUCAGAGACACGUCGUCGAUACAAGAUACACCCACGGGAAUUUAGUGUUUUAUUAAAAAAUGGCUAGUACGGCAAGUAUGGAAAAUAAUUCUAACAAGAACGCAGACAACAUGGAGAUUGAGAAACAGCUCAAAGAGAGAGCCGAAAGAAAUCGUCAGAGAGCACUCUUGUUAAGAAAAUCUAAGGUUGUAACUCAUCCGUAUGCUAGAGAAAAUGGUGACUCUGUAAAAGGGAGAAUGCUAAAAGUCCAAGGGCAGCGUGUUAUCGAUAGCGGUGGAGGCUUCCUGAUAGAGGAAAACGAUGAAUUAGAACAGCAAAUGAUGAAGAUUGCAACCGAGCCGUCACCAGAUAUUGGCAUAUCGCACGAGUGUGAGGAGUGUCGGCAGAAAUUUAAAGAAUCAUAUCUUUUGCAAACGUUCGAUCUGACUGUCUGUGAUAAGUGCAGAGAUAAAGAGGGAAAGCACUCCUUGAUCACCAAAACCGAAGCUAAACAAGAAUACCUGUUGAAGGAUUGCGAUCUCGAUCGGCGGGAGCCCGUGCUGAGGUACAUCGUGCGAAAGAAUCCUCACAACGCGCAUUGGGGCGAGAUGAAGUUGUACCUGCAUCUGCAGAUAGAACAGAGGGCCUUGGAGGUUUGGGGCUCGGAGGAAAACCUGUUGAAAGAGAAGGAAGCGCGCGAUGUGAAGCGGGAGGGAGUGAAGAUCAAGAAAUUCAACAAAAAGAUUAAACAGCUGCGAAUGCAAGUGCGGAGCUCCGUGUACGAUAAGACGACCAAAGCGUCGCACGUUCACGAGUUCGGGGAGGACACGUAUAACGAAGAGGACGAUACUUAUACACACACUUGCACGUCGUGCGGUUACGAGGAUACGUACGAAAAAAUGUGAAUGUCCGAAUGCGAUAGCAUGUGUGAAUUUUAAAUUAUGCGAGAGAAAAUAUGAUUUUAUCCCUCGAGCACGAUGAUCUUAUGGAUAAGUCUUUGAAAAGGAAUUCGUUUUUUCUCGCGAAAAUUUAAAUGCGUCAGAUAUCAGUAUUCAUCGUCAGUACUCUGUUGAUCAAUGUAACUUCGAUUUAUACACCUUUUUUUAUAUUACAAAAAUUAGAUUUAAAUAAAAGAUAUGAUAAAUUAUUUUUUUGUCAUUAA